UCUCUUCAAAAUUGGUGGAUUUGCAGAUACCCGUUAUCAGUGCCCAGACCACAUAAUUGUUUCGGACCACUCGGAAUGUUCCAGGUAGUCAGUGUUGAAUCGAAACCAGAACCGUUUCGAGGUACCGUAAGUACAGUUACAAAAUCAUCUACGUCAGGCCGGAAAGUACCAUCGAGUUCUGUCACUUGUGGUUUGAUUGCAGCCGCGAUGUGUGACAUGUGAAUGGCCCAACAUUUAAAAAAGUAAUUACUAACGCGAGCACUUUUACAAGAUUAGUACCAAUGGCUACCAUCAAUUUCCUUCUAGUCAUCCUAGUUAUCACAAGUCCCUCUCUCCAGGACCUCGCCAACAAUCAAAUCGACGAUGAUAUCAAUCCCUUCGCCGAAGCUAAAGCCGAGAUCCUCAAAGAGCAAAACCUGCAAAACAUCGGCGGAAUGAUCAACAACUUGAUGCAAUCGGACGGUGCCAAACAACUCGGCGAUAUCCUGACUAACGCCGCUUCCGGCGAAAACGCCGGUGAAAUCCUCCAAGGUCUGGGCUCAGUCUUGGGUCAGAGUAAAGGCCUCGACCCAUCCAUGCUCUCAAUGCUCUUCAACAUGUUCCAACAAGGUGGUACCAGAAGUGACGACUCCUUCGACAUGAACGCCUUAGCCUCCCUUCUGGGUAGCUUCAUGGGGCAAUCGGACGGCGAAAAGGCCAACAUCUGGACCUACAUCCCCAUGAUCCUCCAAACCGCCAACGCGUUCCUGGGGCCCGAGGCCGAAGCCCGCGCCAGAAACCACCAAGACCACGCAAACCUUGUGCCCCCGCUCCUGGAGAAGCUGCACCUCCUUUUUGACCACUUCAUCAACUCGGAAAUGGGCCGGAAGAUGAUGAACACCGUCGGGGCCGAGAAGUUCGUCAAAGUGUUCGCCGACGAAAAUGGGCGAAUGUCGUACCGACGCUUCGUCGAUAUGUUGGAGAAUCAUUCGUUUAGAAAACACUGGAUUCGGAUGCUCACCAACCGAAUCGCCUCAAUUAUCUCGCACUUCUCCGACCCCAAAACCCAGAAGAAGUAUCUAACGACGUUCCAGCACUUUAUCAACAGUCUUAUCAAGAGUCAAGGGUACCCCAAGGCCGCGCUUUUUGAUCCAAGUCGACCAACUGAAACCAUCACAGCCCUGGCUAACCAUUUUGCCAAAGAGACGCUUCACAUGAAGAUCAGCUCGAAGCAGUACGUGAAACCAUUCGUGGAAUACGUGCAGGAACUGUUCCGUCUUGCCCAGAAGAAGGGGAUGUUGAGCGUGGAUUCGCACCAACUCUCCGACAAGUUGGCCGACACCAUCAACCUCGAGGUGAUAGAACCCAUCGCAAGGGUCAAUCGAGCGUACAGAUUUGCGAAGAAAGUACCACAAUGUGACAGGUACGUGAUGUGUCUGGUCAAUCAGGAAUCGCAAGAUGAGAAGCCAAGUCUUCCCGGUCUAAGACCAAUCUUGAGCAAAUCAGCGAGUCUUAUUCUGAGCUGGUUCCUGAGCAGCACCACCAAGACCCCCUACUUGAGCCUCUACAUGGCCGUGAUGGACAACAAAGAUUGCAAGACUUGGUACCAAGACGCCUGUAAUGACUUCCACCACGAAGAAAUCAAAGUCAAGCGGGAGUUGGUGCAUAGUGAACUAUAAUAAGUUGACUGAGUGUUUGACGCUCUUUUGGGCAUAACUUUGUUAAACAAAUUGUAUUUAUUUGUACUUGUAAAUUAUUAAAAUUAAUGAAAAAGUG